AAAGAAGUUUAAUACAAAUGAAGAUAGCACUUUUAGAAAAGAUAGGAAAUGCACAGAUGUAGUUUUUCUGAUAGUUAAAUUAGUGUACGUUAUUGGUCUGUUCAUUUUAGUAUCCCUGUGUCUGACACAAUCUGACGUGUUCCGUAUUAUAAAUGGAUACGAUGAUUGUGGGAACGUAUGCGGACGAAGUAACACACGAAACAUCAAUCUCCUUUGCUCCGGUGAAAAUAUGACCACCAAAAAGUAUUUAAUGUUAACAGCUGUAUCGUCCUCGUCUCAAGUGUUAAGAAGCUGCGAAGCAGAGUGUCCUGAGUAUGAGGGAUUUAAACUGUUCUUCAACCGAUGUGUACGGUUCCGCCUGAAUCGGUCUGAUCCCAACCGACUGCCGCAGAGCAUUCUCGACGAAAUCUGGCAGGACUUGGAAUCUUGCCAUUUGGAUCUAUGUUUGCUUUGUCUGCUAGCGUUGUUUUGCUCAUUACUGAUGCUAGUGUUUCUGUGGUGUGCCCCAAGGCUGGUAAUCUGGACGGCAUUGGUGGGAACCGUACUGACUUGUUCGAUCGGAACAUUUUGGUUAUGGUGUCGAUGGACCUUGGAAAGAGAAUCGGAUCACUAUUCGGGAAACUAUUUGUGGUAUGCAGUUGGAGCCAGCGUGACGAGUGCAGUAAUUUUCCUAUUGGUUUUCUUGUUGUGGAGAAAGAUUACGCUGGUUAUAGAACUGCUAUACGAAGCCGGUAAUGCUAUCCGGAAGAUGCUAUUUCUGCUCGUUGUUCCUGUUUUGACAGUUGCCACCUUAACGAUGUCGUUUGUCGUAGCGGUGUAUUUUAUUUUGAUUAUCGAAAGCGCCGGAAAACCCGUGCUAGUAGCAAAGAGUGUGGUAUACGAAAAAGAUAAUCUGGUUUUGGUAACACGAUGGUACAACAUAUUUGCGAUCGUUUGGUUUUGUCAGUUUCUGUUCGACUGCCAGCGCAUGGUGACGGCCGGAUCUAUUACGGCAUGGUACUUCACCGUAGACAAAUCCAGGCUUGGCAAUGCCGAGAAAAGAAGCUUCGUUUUACUACUACGAUAUCAUCUAGGCACCGUAGCGUUAGGAUCUUUUCUUAUAGCAACCACUCGCUUGAUUCGUCUGGGUCUGAAAAUCGCAUGGUGUAUGAGACGCUUAAGUAGCCGUGCUCGGUGCUGCUCAGUUUGUUGUCUUUUCUGUCUGAAUUGUUGUGUCUCAUGGUUGGACCCGAUCCAAAGAAGUGCCUAUAUCGUAACAGCCUUACAGGGUCAACCGUUCUGCAGAGCUGGAAAAGCUAAACUGUUCGUUCUUGUACUGGUUGGUUUUGUUGGCGUUGAUUGGAUGCAACAGAAGCGCGAACUGUACCACCCCUAUGUUGUGCUGAUCCUGGUGGGUGUCACUGUGUACCUGAUUGCACAUUGCUUCUUGACAAUGUAUGAGAUGGCAAUCGAUACAAUCUUCCUCUGCUUCUGUAAGGAUAUUGAGUUGAACAACGGCAUCGACAGGCCUUACUACAUGUCUCGAAAUCUGAGGAAAUUUGUUAACAACAAAGCGGAAAUUAAUACACUACGAGAAAACAAGGCGGGUACUUCGCAGCAACCUUAGAAGACACGGCAGAAUGGCUCGAAGGCGUUAUUAUACUUACAUAGAAAAGAGAAGCUUUCCCAUGCGUAAUACCGAUCAAUAUGAACAAAUUUCAUGGUGCUGUAAAUCACAACAUCCUUUUUUAUAUACUUGAGUGUUUUGCAACCAGUG